UUUUGGGCCUGCAGCCAAUCAGGAAACGCGCUGCUUCGUUGGCACUCAGGUUUACUUGGAGUUUCCCUCCGUCACAUACAACUGAUUUCCUCUUCGCUUGAACCACUCUUGGAAGAUCUGCGUAUCUGUUCUGCAGUUAGUUUAGCUUUUAACGGCAUUUUCACAGCCAUGGUUUUAGUAAAGAGGCUAUAUGUGUUUCUUUUAUUUAACUCUAUUGUGGCUGCGACCUUCGCCUCUGCUGACAAACUGACAGCAGCCACGGUGUACUGGGACCCCACGCACAAGCUCCCCCUGCUGAAGGAGGGGGUGCUGGAAACAGAAGGGGAUGCAUACGGGUAUCUGAAUGAUACCCUGUCCACUACAGGAUGGAGCAUCCUAGAGAUCCGUGCCGGUUACGGAAAGACCCCUGAAACUGAUGAGGUGACUUUCUUCCUGGCCGGCUACCUCGAAGGCUUCCUCACUGCCCAGCAGAUGAUGGACCACUACACCAACAUGUACCCACAGCUGAUCGAAAACCCAAAGAUCCUUGGUCCAGUUCAGAGUUUCAUGGCGAAGCAGGACGCAUGGACCAGAGAGCAGGUGAAACUGAACAAGACCUCUGAUCCUUUUUGGAAACACACAGGCUUCAUCGUGGCUCAGAUGGACGGACUGCAAGCAGGAGUCGCACAAUGGGCCAAAAAACAAGGGAAGAAGCCGCUGUCCCUGUUUGCCGUCCAGUUCCUGAAUGCAGUGGGAGACCUGCUGGAUCUGAUCCCAGCCCUGGUCCCCAGCUCCAACCCUCCGCUCAGAGACUUCAAACUUCCAGGGAUGGGGCACUGCUCUGCUCUCAUCAAGAUGCUGCCCGGCUUUGAGAACCUUCUGUUUGCCCACUCCAGCUGGUACACGUAUGCUGCCACAAUGAGGAUCUACAAACACUGGGAUUUCCACAUCACUGAGCCUCACACGGCCACUGGGAAACUGUCCUUCAGCAGCUACCCGGGUUUCCUGGUGUCUCUGGAUGACUUCUACCUCUUGGGCAGUGGUCUGAUGAUGACCCAGACCACCAACAAUGUCUUCAACUCCUCCCUGUUUGACAUAAUCACUCCCAACAGCCUGCUGUCGUGGCAGAGGGUCAGGCUGUCUCACAGUUUGGCUCAUACAGGAGAAGAGUGGGCCAAAACCUUCUCCAUGUACAACUCUGGAACCUACAACAACCAGUACAUGGUGUUGGACAGGAGCAAAGUGAAACUGGGCCACAGUGUUGAUGACGGCGCUCUGACUGUGGUGGAGCAGAUCCCCGGGCUGGUGGAGUACUCGGACCAGACUCAGGCUUUGCGCAGAGGUUACUGGCCGUCCUAUAACAUUCCUUUCCACAAGAAGAUCUACACACUGAGUGGUUAUGUACAUAUGUGGGAGGAGUAUGGAGAGGACUUCUCCUACGAUCUCUGUCCCAGAGCCAAGAUCUUCCGCCGUGACCAGGCUGAUGUCAAGGACCUGGACUCCUUGAAGCACAUCAUGAGGUUUAAUGACUACAGGAAGGAUCCGUACUCCAAGAAUGACCCCUGCAAAACCAUCUGCUGCCGCGGCGACCUGAGGUCCCAGGGGGCUUCACCAUCAGGUUGCUAUGACACUAAGGUGACAGAUUUCCACAUGGCUGGGGACUUCCGUGCGGAGGCGGUGAACGGGCCAACGACACAGGAUGGACUCCCGCCGUUCUUUUGGGAUAAAUACAGCAGCAUCAGCCACCAGGGCCUGCCACGGUACUACAACUUCACCUUCGUCAAGAUGCAGCCUUUACUCUUCAAGCCAUGAGGUGUGUGUGUGUGUGAGCGUGUGUGAGUGAGACAGAGAGAGAUGAUGUCUGUCUGCUGCUUUCAGAAUAAUGAAUGAUCAAUCACAGUUUAAAGGUUCUUUUGUGGUCUGCACACAUAUGUUUGAUAAUGAUUUGGAUCAUUGCUGAGAGUUAAGAAAUCUAUCCAAACUGAUAUUUUCUUUUUAAGUUUUUAAAUGUUGUGAGUAACAAUGUCUCCUUCCACCUGAUAAAAUGCCCAAUAUCACACUGCCAAUCGGAUUUUUACUCAGUAUUGUAACUCUUUCAACAUACGGGAAUAUGUACUUUGGAAUACAGCUGAAGUCAGUGGUAGGUUUUUUAUAUAUCUGCAGCCAUUCGUGCCUUGAACUCUGAGAGUAUUUUUUAUGAUUUUAUAAAAUGCAGAAUCAUUGCACUAAAUCAGUAUUCCUGCCAUCUUUAAUUGUUUUUUAAAUUCUUGAAUGUCUUUAUACAAAUGCAACAAUCAGUGCAAUGGUAAACUCGGAGCUGUUGAUCUUCUCUAGUGCUGGGAUUUAUGUGCAUUUAUUUUGUUAUACUGUGCAAAAUGAAAAUAUCUCAGGUUCGUAUUUUUGCAAAAGCUUGUUUCAUAUGUGAUGUGAUGCUUAACACUGCAAAUUUGCAUCUUUUGUGUUAAUUGUUUAUUAAAUUUUUACGGAUGUA